AUGGUCUCAGCAAAGUUCAUAUUUACGCCGGCGCCUAUAAAUGCCGAUGAGAUCCGCUUCAUUAGUGACAGUUUCGCUAAGCUCGGCACGGUUGAAUAUUUCAGUGUUGAAAAGGCUAAACAUACGCAGCCCAACUUAUUUGGCCAAAAUAUCACGGUGAUGCUCAAUCCAAGCCUUCAGUUCUCACAACUAGAUCCGUUGACCGGAAUCGACAUCACGGUGGCAUUGAGUGGAGAGCAGCUCAAACUGAGACAACAACGCCUACACGAGAAGCUACGAAGAAUAAUAGGUUUACCUCGGUAUUCAUAUAUUGAAAAUGACAAGAGGUUCUUUGCUGGAGACAUCCAGGUGCCGUUUAAACAUACUCUAUUACCAAAUGCAUCGCACCUUUCCAAACAAUUCCGCAUGAGCACAUCCACGAUACAGACUCCCUUCGUGUUUCUAGAAGAGGGCGACAAGGAGGCAGUGACAAAGAGUAUACGGCACAACUUUCAGAAGUACCAUAAGAUCCAGCUGGUCUUUGUCGAGGACGGCUUGCAUGGGCUCCAUUUGUUGGGAGGAGGGGCCCUGGAUACGUCUGUGAAAGUUGACGACGAUAUGAUCGUGCGAACCGAGGAAAUUUUGGAUUUAGAGGCGAUGCCAAAUAUGCGGAUAGCUAGAGCGAAAGAGAAGGGGUUUAAUGGCUUCUUCUCCAAGCCCAAACCUAAAGUAUGA